AUGCGUUUCUCCCAAUUCUUGGCGCUCUUCUUCAUGUUGACCGUGUUCUCCAUCACCACGGCUCAACCCUACCAAGGCUACCGUACCUACCGUAGUCCCCUCCGUGACGGAACAUUCGAUCACGCCUCAAUGUUCAGAUUCACGUCAGACGGCUCAGCCGCGAGUGGUCAGAAGCUUCCAAGGUUUGGACAAGGUUUCAGAGACUACCCGUACGCCCAGGUCCAAUACGGCGCCUCGUCGCCGAUGUAUGUUUUUGACGGUCGUCUGUACAAUCUGGCGUCAGCACGCUCUUAG